AUGAUCUUGACCCUUUGUCUCUUGCAGUGGGANUCUCAAGGCCCGGCCGCCAUUGAUUACAGUUCUUUACUGCAGGAGGAUGAAUUUCACAAAGUUGCUGACUCUACUAUACAAGACCUGCAGGAGAAAUUUGAGGAAUAUGGUGAUUGUGUCCAAAUUGAUGGAUUCGACAUAGACUAUGGGAACCAGGUCCUGACCCUGAAGCUCGGGACUUUAGGGACCUAUGUGUUGAACAAACAAACGCCUAAUAGACAAAUUUGGUUGUCCUCUCCUGUGAGCGGUCCCUCCAGAUUCGAUUGGGAUCAGAGUGCUCAAGCUUGGGUUUAUAGGCGGACCAAGGCAAAUUUAUCCAAACUCCUAGAAACAGAGCUGGAGAAACUAUGUGGUACACCCAUCAGCCUUUCCUAAAUUUGUUACAAAUCCUGUGACACACCUUGGAAAAUUUCUACUGGGAAGUUUUGUUGGUAAAAGAUUUUGUUGCUCCGUAACUGCUUUAUAAUUAUAUUUAAGUCCAUUUUCUGAAUAAAGUAUUACAUUAUAAGUUCCAUUUUCCUGAAUGCAAUGGGCCUAAUUUAUGAGCGUUGAA